AUGCCCUCAAUGACUUCCACGGUUCACAGCAACGGCGGGAUAGGCCGCUUUCUGAGUGAAAUUCCGUUGGUCACGCGCGGGUUGCUGCUGGCGCUUUUGCUUUGGUGUUUCAACGCCUUCAUGCGGUUCUCGCAGCUACAAGUGCUGGUGUUCGCGUGGAACUUUCGGCGUCACGACUACGAAUUCUGGCGCCUGUACGGCCGCUUCAUCGCUGUCAACUCCAAUUCCGCGGCGGCGCUGCUGGCGCUGUACCAGAUCUACCGCAAUUCCAGCAGCCUUGAAUUGGACUACUUCCAGGCCAACCCUGUGGACUACGCCUUCUACCUUGCCUUCUGCACCACUACAUGCGCCGCGCUGACCGCCGCGUGCCAUGCGCUGCUGGGCAUUGAGCCCGGCAGCCUGUUCCCCGCGCUCGACGGCAUGCUGCUGUACACGUGGGCGCUGCUCAACGCGAACGUGACCGUCAACUACAUCGUGUUCAACAUACGCGGUAAGUACCUGCCGCUGCUGAACUUAUUUGUGCAUAUGCUCGGUGGCGAGCCAUCGGGCGUGUUGAUCAUACUGCUUGGCUAUGCUGCGGCCUACAUCUACUGCUGCCUAGAGACGCGCACGGCCGGGCCGCUCUACGGCAAGCUCGCCGGCCUCCCGCACUACGGCUACCCGACGCUCCGCGACUCCCACUUCCGUGGCUCUGCGCUGCUUGCACCGCUCAUCGCGACCCAGUCGGGCGGCCCGCCGUCUGCCGCUGCCGCCGUGUCAGGCAACUUCAGGGGAAAGGGCCGCCGGCUUCACGACGGCAAGGCCGUCGCAGCGCCGCGCCAUGCCGCCCGCGCUGCGGGCACCGGCGCGGUCGUGCCGCUGACCUCCACCAGCGCGCUUGCCGCCGCGCUUGCAGGGCCUGGCUUGGCCGUCAUAGACUUCUACGCCGUGUGGUGCGGGCCCUGCAAGCAGCUGGCGCCCCUGCUGGACCAGUACGCCGCCAAGCACACCGCCGUGCGCUUCUACAAGAUCGACGUCGACCGCUUCCCUGGCGUCGCCGCCACCCACGAGGUGCAUGCGAUGCCCACGGUGCUCUUCUUCCGUGCGGGAAAGGAGGUCGCCCGCGUCCAGGGCGCGAACCCAUCCGCGAUCAGGGCCGCGCUACAGUCCUACUCAUAA